AAUAAAAUGAAAAUAAGAAAUCCUUUAAGAAAAGGGCAAUUUCAUAAUCAGUCAGUUAGUGAUAUCGUUCCCAAUAACAAUCCGUCUGGUGAAUACCAUCCAAGCCAAAAAGGGAAAUUUCCUUACACAAAGCGAUACCUGAUUCAUAAUACUCUACAGAAAUAUAAACCCAGAAUUAUGAGGAGAAGGUCAAUGGAUGUUUAUGACUCUAAGCCAGUGACCUUAUUUCCAACAUACUGGAAGUUCAUAAACGAAACUGAAGAAAUACAUUCUGAUGUUCAGAAGAUGAGAGCAAAAAGAAUGCAGAGAAUUAACAAAAUAUGAGAGGAAUCAACUAAUUAAAAUGGUGUCCUUCGACAGUAUUUCUGUGAACGAAUUCGAAGAGAAUAUUGAGAAAUAUUAUGGAAAAUCAAAUAUGACCAUUUCAGCUAAACGACCUCAAACAAAUGUUCAGAAAUCUGUUGAAGAUAGCCCAUUACCUAGCCCAACUCUGAACAGAAAGAGAUCUAUGAAGAAAAAGAACACAAGCAAGAUUAUCUCAGGCUCCUUCUCACAGAUGGACAAUAUCAAACUUCAUGAUAAGGUUAGCUCAAUAAAUACAGGAUCCAGUAUAAAAUUAAAUUUUAAAGGAAGCCGGAAGCCAAAGAAUAUGUUCACUUCUAAAUUGGUUGAGAAAAAGAUCUCUCGAAUUUACCCCAUAGAGGAACUUAACAAAAAUUCAAAUAUCACCACAGCUUUCCUAGAACAAAGAAAAAUUGGAUCAAAAAUGAUUCAAAAAUUUGCAAGGAAUAAAUUUUGGAUGAAGAAGAAAACUUCUCGGAGCGAUAAGAGAACAGGUGGUGAAUCUGUACAUAGUGUGAAUACUUUAAAAUUUCAAAAUUCUACGAUAUCUAACAGAAGAGGAUCUCAGAAGCCUUUAUAUACUCCUUCAAACAAACGGGAGAGACUGUUAUCUAACCAAAAUGAGUUCUCAACAGUAAAAUUAGACCCAAUCCAGAAAAAAAGAGUAGAUACUAUAGUGAAAUAAACAGUUGGAUGACCCAAAUCAGGAGACUAAAAUUGACCUGAAUGAUUACUUUAACCAUGAAACUGCUCAGCUAAAGUACCCUCAGUCCAUGAAGACCAAGUUCAAGACCAAAGAUAUCAUUUUUCGGCCGGAGAGAAAUAUUGGAGAUGAUGGAUCAAUGAUGGUUUUUGCAAACACAAGGUUCAACAAAAUGAAAAUAAAAGAGUCAGACAUUCCAAUAGAAGUCAUCUUCAACAAAGAGGUAGACCUCAUUAAGCUUGAGGAGAGAAAGAUGAAGAUAAAAACAAGGCCAAUACAUUUCAUGAUCACAGACAAUUUUGCAGGCGAGGAAGAAAUCGAGUCUGUAGCCCAAGGCAUUGACUAUCAAGUUAAAGGGAAGGGAGUUAUUAAAUACAUCAUUGAUAAUGAAGUAGAGAAGCCUAGAGUGGUAGUUUAUAACAGAGACUUAAAUACUCAACCAUCAGCUGCACCUACGAAGGAGAUAAAUAUACAGAAUUUUAUAGAGAAGAAGAAGCUAAAGCCUUUUCUUUACCCUAAAAAGUCUCUUUCCGAUAAACAUUCUAAAUCUGGCAGAUACGUAGAGAUUAUCAGCAAGGUUAUAAAGAGGAUCAAGGAGCUUCGCUUUAAUGAAGAAGGAACUAGAAGGUCUGCUUCCCAAGACGAUAAAAAUAAGGUGACUGAAGAGGACAUCCUCAAGGAAAUGAUCAAUACAAAUUUUGAAGUCAUCCAGCCAAAUCUUGAUUAUAUAAUGGAGAAGCCAUUGGAUGAUAAAUAUCUUAAUUUUAAACAACCAUAUUCUGUGAAACGUAAAAUUCAGUUAUCAAAACUUUACGAAAGAAUAAACUUCAGAGAGUCUAAGAAAAAGUUGGCUCGUAAGAGUCAUCAGAGUGCUGACAAGUUGGGCACUCGGAUAAAUAUUUCUCCAAUAAAACAAAACUCCAAAUCAAUCAAUAAGCACCCCACAUUCUCAGAAGGUAGUACCUCCUCCAUCUCCAAACUGGAGAAGCUAGAGUUUGGGGCAAGCUCACGGAAAGAAGUUGAUGGCAUUAUCAAAAAGAGUGGAUUCAAGAAAUAUAGACAUAUCGAGAAGGACAGCCCUUUAAUAAAGCUUAUCAAAAAUGCCAACUUUACCUACCUAAUGGAUCAGAAAUUAGGUAUUCAAGAAGAGACACCCGAAUCAGUGGAAUAUCUGCAAAAGAAGAAAGAGGAUGCCAAAAGACUUAAAGAAUUCUUGGAUAAAUUGGAAAAGACACUGAUUACGGGAGAGACACUUUCAAAUCAGAUAUCUUCUGAUUUCAUAUUUGCUGAUUAAAAGCGAUCAAUUUGGACUCAUACAAG